AUGCUACAACUGACUGAUGGGACAACUGUUCAUGAUGAGAUAGAAACAUACCUGAACGCCAGAUACAUCUCUGCAAGUGAGGCCUUUUGGAGAAUAUACAACUUCCCCCUACACCAAAAAUACCCUCCAGUCGAAAAACUGCCCUGCCACUUGCCAGGAGAACAAGUUGUCCUAUUUGAACCCGACGCUGCUGCAAACACCGUUCAAAAUGGUCAGCCUAUCACGAAGUUGACAGCCUUCUUCACUACAAAUGCAACUGAUAAGGAAGCUAAAAACAUCACCUACCCAGACUUCCCACGCUAUUUCACUUGGAAUGCCUCAAAAAAAGCCUGGCAACGACGAAAACACGGUACUUCUCUUGACCAAAAUUAUCAAUUCGUAGCAGACACAAUCGGCCGUAUACCCACCAUCGCCCUUACACCUCACCAAUCCGAACUGUACUACCUACGCAUGUUGCUGCACCAUAAACCAGGACCAUGCAGCUACGAAGAUAUUCGUACAAUAGAUGACACACUGUGCCCCACCUUUCGAGAUACCUGCAACAAACUAGGCCUCAUAUCUGAUGACAAUGAAAUCAACCUCGCAAUGACUGAAGCCUCCUCCAUCAAAUUUGGAAAUCAACUGCGCUAUUUCUUCACCACACUUCUGAUGUACUGUCGACCAGCAGAUCCACCAGCAUUCUGGGAAAAAUGGCAAGUUGAACUAUCCCAAGACUUCCUGCACCGGGACAAACUGCAGAUACCAAACGAUGCCAUCUUAAACGAGGUUCUCCUGUACCUGCAAAGAACUUUAGAUCAAGACAACCUGGACCUGAAUAGGGAUUUCAACCUGCCUUCUCCAGACCUAAGUCUUCUACAGACUGCAACAACCCCGCGAGUUAUCCAGGAAGAAACAGAUUUUGAUACCACGUCACUAACAGAAUCCUUACCUAUGCAAAUAAGCUCCCUCAAUAACGACCAACAAGUUGUAUAUCAAGCAAUACUAGAAAGUGUCAACAAUAAUAGCGGCAAAAUGUUCUACCUCAAUGCAAGUGGUGGUACAGGCAAAACCUAUGUCCUCAACAUUCUUUUGAACACAGUACGAGCAAAUAAGGACAUCGCCCUGGCAACAGCGCUGUCAGGCAUAGCAGCGACGCUCCUGCACAGUGGCAGAACACUUCACUCCCGUUGCAAAGUCCCUAUCAACAUUCAAGAACAUUCCACUUGCAAUAUUACUACCAGAGAUGCCACAGCUGAACUCCUUCGUCGCGCAAACCUGCUUAUCAUUGACGAAGUCUCCAUGGGCCACCGCUACAUAUUCGAAUGCAUAGAUCGAUCACUUCAAGACAUACGAGGCAACCCAAGCCACUUCGGCGGACUCACAGUAGUGUUUGCUGGAGACUGGAAACAAAUACUACCGGUUGUACGACGCGGCAGCAGGCCUCAAAUAGUCAAUGCCUGCCUAAAGAAAUCCGAAAUUUGGCAACACGUUCACAUGCUGAACCUAACGCAGAAUAUGCGCACAAGCUCAGAUGAGGAGGACUUUGCUGCAUACCUCAUGACCAUUGGUAAUGGUCUGGAAAGCACACACCCACAUGUAGGUCCAAACAAGAUUCUUAUCCCAGAUGACCUAGCCAUAAAUGCUGACAGCAUACAAGAUCUCACACACUUUGUCUUCAACAACCUUACUGAGCACUAUACCAACCCAGAGUGGAUGGCGUCUAGAGCAAUUAUAGCCCCAACCAACAAAGCUGUCGAAGAAGUCAACGCCAAUGUCAUUCACAACUUCCCCAGCCAGCCAACAGAAUAUCGAAGCUGCGACACCCUCCUGGAAGAUGACCACCAAUACCCACUAGAGUUCAUCAACAGCCUAAACCCUUCAGAAUUACCACCGCACAAACUCAACUUGAAAACCAACUGUACUAUAAUGCUCUUGUGGUAA